AUGCUAUUAAACUUGAACAUUGGUAGCCGGUCGUCUAAAAAUAAAGAUAAAGAGUGGUCCCAAGAUAAUGAUGGCAAAGAAAGAUCAGAAAAGGAUUCGAUAGCCGAAAAUUUAGAUUACUAUGAAAACUACAAGAAGAUUCUGGACGAGUUGCGAUAUGAAUUCAUGAAGAAGUGGAAAAUGAAACAUAUAAAUAAAGAUGUGAGUCUUGAUGACUUCCAAGUUCUACGAACUUUGGGAAUUGGUGCAUUUGGAAGAGUUAAGCUUAUUAAACACAAGCAAACCUCUACAUAUUAUGCUAUGAAAAUCCUAGAAAAACGUCAGCUGGUUAAAACAAAACAAAUUGAUCACACGAGAAAUGAGAAGCGAGUUCUUCAAUCAAUUGAUUAUCCUUUUGUUAUAACAUUGUCAUAUUUUUGCAAAGACAAUUCAUAUUUGUAUAUAAUAUUGCCAUUUAUAAAUGGUGGAGAAUUGUUUUCAUAUUUAAGACGAAAAGGUAAAUUUCCUGAACGACAAGCAAGAUUCUAUGCAGCUCAAGUGGUGCUUGCUUUGGAGUAUCUGCACUACUGUGGCUUAGUUUAUAGAGACUUGAAGCCUGAAAAUAUUUUGUUGGAUAGAGAAGGAUAUUUGAAACUGAUUGAUUUUGGUUUUUGCAAGUAUAUUGAAGGUAAAAGAACCUGGACUCUUUGUGGUACACCAGAAUACCUAGCACCAGAAGUCAUCCUAUCAAAAGGAUAUGGAAAAUCAGUUGAUUGGUGGAGUUUUGGUAUUUUAAUUUACGAAAUGAAUGCUGGAUAUGCACCAUUUUUUUCUCAUGAUCAAAUGAAAAUAUAUGAGAAGAUUGUCUUAGGAAAAUAUAAAUUCCCUGGUCAUUUUAAAGAAAAUUUGAAAAGUAUUGUCAGCAGCUUGCUGCAAACUGACUUGACCAGACGCUUUGGCAAUCUCAAAAAUGGUUCUUUGGAUAUUAAGAAGCAUGUAUGGUUUCAAACUAUCGACUGGGAUCGGGUUUACCAUCGAAAAAUCAAACCUUCUUAUAUACCUGUAUGUAAAAAAGACAGUGAUGCUAAUAACUUUGAUUUUUAUGAAGAAAAAGAUUUGAAAAUUGAUUCGAAAGAUCUUUAUCAUAAAGAAUUUGCUGAUUUUUAAUUUUAUUACCUUUGAGUUGUUGAAAAUAACGAUUAAGAGCAUCAUGACAACCAAGGACGCAAUAUAAUUCUUUUGGAGGUAGCAAUUCUUGGGUACCAUUCUGAAAAAAAGAUAUUUUUAUUCAAUUUUGGUAAUUAUAAUAAUUUAAAAGAUUUAAUUACUUACGCAUAUUGAUUGACAGCUAGUUUCUAAAGCUUGUUCCCAUGCUGUACAUCCUU